UGUCUAAUUGUCAUAAGCCUUUGAAAACCCCAGCACCAUUCUUCUCUUCUUUGUGAAAAUGGAGGAUGCCAUAGUUCUAUAUCCUUCUCCAGGCAGAGGCCAUCUGAUCUCCAUGGUAGAGCUUGGCAAGCUCAUACUCAAACAUCACCCAUCUUUCUCCAUCACAAUCCUCAUCUUAAGUGAACCAAACACAAAUACUAACUCCGCUACACCUCAAUAUGUAGCUAGCUCUACCACCAAAUACAUCACUACCGUCAAUUCCACCACCCCAUCUAUCACUUUCCACCACCUCCCACCUAUCUCUGAAGUUCCACCCAGUACUACUUUCUUUGUUGAUCUGAAAUUCUUAAUCCCACGCCUCAACAACCCAAAUCUCCACCAAACCCUGAAAACUAUAUCCCAAACCUCCAAACUCAGAGCCUUUAUCAUUGAUUUCUUCUGUGAUGCUGCUUUUGAAGUGGCCUCAAACCUUACCAUCCCCACCUACUAUUUCUUCACCUCUAGCCCAAGUAAUCUAGCCUCGUUUCUUUACCGCCCCACCUUGCACAAAAAUAAGGAUCAAAGCAUCAAUGAUCUCAACAAUAUGCUUCUUGUUGAUAUUCCUGGCUUACCUCCUGUCCGGGUUUCAGACAUGCCCAAAAUUACGUUCGAUCCCACCACUAAAAUGUACGAAUAUUUUCUUAACACUGCAACCCACAUGGCCAAUUCAAAUGGACUUGUUCUAAACGCGUUCGACUUGCUCGAAACAAAAGCCAUCGAGGCAAUCUCUAGUGGACUAUGUGUCCCAGAUGGACCAACUCCGCCAAUUUUCUGUAUUGGACCUUUGAUAUCAAACACCAAUCAAGAUGGAGAAGAGCACGAGUGUUUGAAUUGGCUAAACUCACAACCGAGUCGAAGCGUUGUGUUUCUAUGUUUCGGAAGCUUGGGAUCGUUUUCGGAGAAGCAGGUGAAAGAAAUUGCGGUGGGUUUAGAAAAUAGCGGUCAAAGAUUUUUGUGGGUUGUGAGAAAUCCACCACCAGAUACGGAUAAAGAUCCAAACUUGGAUGAAUUGUUGCCAACGGGUUUCUUGGAAAGGACCAAAGAUAAGGGAUUUUUGGUGAAACAAUGGGCUCCACAGGUGGCAGUGCUGAGUCAUGACUCAGUGGGAGGGUUCGUGACUCACUGUGGGUGGAACUCAGUGCUUGAAGCGGUUUGGUGUGGAGUGCCGAUGGUUGGUUGGCCUUUGUACGCAGAGCAAAGGUUGAAUAGGGUGGUUUUGGUGACGGAAACCAAGUUAGCUUUGGAGUUAAACGAGUCGGUAGAUGGGUUUGUGAGUGCAACUGAGUUAGAGAAGCGAGUGAAGGAGUUAAUGGAUUCGGAAAUUGGGACAGAACUGAGAGAAAGGGUUUCGGGUUUGAGAGAUGAAGCAGUGGCUGCUGUGAAAGAGGGUGGGUCCUCUCAUGUUGCAUUGGCGAAAUUGGCUGAGGUGUGGAGGCAAAACUAACAUGAGUUAGUUCACCAUAACUCUUCGAGUUAUUUUCUAUAUAUGAAAAAAGCCAAUGAGUUAUUGUUUUUUUUAUUUUUUUGAUAUAAAAAUGAGUUAUUGUUAUAGUGUGCAA